AUGUCAGCAGGUGCCUUCCUCGUACCUUAUUGUAUAAUGUUACUAGUUGGUGGCAUACCGCUAUUUUAUAUGGAAUUAGCUUUAGGUCAACACAAUCGUAAAGGUGCCAUCACAUGCUGGGGACGUUUGGUACCGUUAUUCAAAGGAAUUGGUUAUGCUGUGGUCUUAAUAGCAUUUUAUGUAGAUUUCUAUUAUAAUGUUAUUAUAGCGUGGUCAUUAAGAUUCUUUUUUGCAUCAUUUACCAAAUCAUUGCCAUGGACAUCGUGCUUAAACUAUUGGAAUACCGACGAUUGUCGACCGUUUGAACAACAAGCUGGUGGGCGUUCCUUAAUCGGAAAUAUGAGCGAUAUUUUAUUAAAUUCAACAAUUACCUCUGAAUCAAAUGUAACAUUUUCUAAUUUAACCACCACUUUAUCUACAACGCUGCCAGCCAGCGAGCGUUUUCAAUCCGCAGCUUCGGAAUAUUUUAAUCGUUAUAUUUUAGAAUUAGAUAAAAGUGAGGGUCUACAUGAUUUGGGCGCCAUUAAGUGGGAUAUGGCGGCAUGUUUGUUGGUAGUUUAUUUAAUCUGUUACUUCUCCCUGUGGAAGGGCAUUAGUACCUCUGGCAAAGUAGUAUGGUUUACGGCUUUAUUUCCCUAUGCAGUUCUACUUAUAUUGCUGAUACGUGGCAUUACAUUACCGGGAUCUGCCAUGGGUAUACAAUACUAUUUAAAUCCAAAUUUUGAUGCCAUUUAUAAAGCUGAGGUUUGGGUUGAUGCCGCCACUCAAGUGUUCUUCUCAUUGGGUCCUGGUUUUGGCGUACUCCUAGCCUAUGCUUCUUAUAAUAAAUAUCAUAAUAAUGUUUAUAAAGAUGCUUUACUUACUAGCUGUAUUAAUUCGGCUACAAGUUUUGUAGCUGGUUUUGUGAUAUUCUCGGUUUUGGGUUAUAUGGCUCAUAAAUCGGGCCAAAAUAUAGAAGACGUUGCAACUGAGGGUCCUGGCCUAGUGUUUGUUGUUUAUCCCGCAGCAAUUGCUACCAUGCCCGGCAGUACAUUUUGGGCUUUAAUAUUUUUUAUGAUGUUAUUGACCUUGGGUCUGGAUAGUUCGGUAAGUUUAUAUUAUGAAUAUUUUAUAUAAUUCUACAUCACUAUA